AUGGCGCGUGACGAUCUUAUUGUCCUAGGGGCUGGAAUCAUCGGCCUAAAUGUCGCGCUGGAAUUGUCCAAGCGCGGCUACGGACAACAUGUCACAAUAAUCGCAGAGAAUUUCCCGGGGGAUACAUCUAUCGAUUACACAUCUCCAUGGGCCGGUGCGAACUUCUCUGGUAUCUCAGGAUCCGACCCGAAUGCCCUACGUUGGGACCGACUGGGAUAUUCGACUAUGAUGGAUCUGAUCGAAAAGGAGUCCGAAGAAGCAGAGUAUCUGCAUAAAACUCAAUCAAUCGAAUACUGGGACGAGAUGCCGUCCGAAGAUAAAAUCAAGAGCAUUGCUGAAUACCUGCGAGAUUUUACUAUAAUUCCCUCGUCCGAACUACCAAAAGGUGUAGCAUUCGGCAUCAAGUUCACGACAAUCACGCUCAACGCGCCCGCUCACUGCCAACACCUGAAGAACCUCCUAUCCCAACCACGCUACGGCAAUGUACCGAUGAUCCGUCGCAAAGUAGGACAUCUAAACGAAGCUUUCCUCUCCAAAAAUACAAAGAUAGUAUUCAACUGCAUUGGAAACGCAGCCAUCUCCCUCCCGGGGGUCAAAGAUGCCAAAUGCUAUCCCACGCGAGGGCAGAUCAUCCUCGUCAAAGCGCCGUCGGUGCAAGUCAACAUGAUGCGUCACGGAAAAGACUACGAAACAUAUAUUAUCCCGCGGCCCAAAUCAGAUAGUACGGUGAUCCUGGGUGGAUAUUUGCAGAAACACAACUGGUUCAGUGGGAUCAAGGCGGAAGAGACGGAGUCGAUCCUGAAGAGGACCGGGGAUCUGCUUCCGAUUCUCAGAAACGGAGAAACUCAGAUCAUUCGACCUGCGGUAGGUCUCAGGCCCUCGAGAGAGGGAGGAGCGCGAGUCGAGCUGGAGAGGGCAUCUAAUGGGAAGAUGGUGGUGCACAACUAUGGAGCUGGAGGGACCGGAUUCCAGGCUGGGAUGGGGAUGGCGCAGGAUGCAGUGGAGUUGGCGACGGAGGCAUUGAAGGGGUUAACUACUGUGAGCAGGCUAUGA